AUGCACGCCAGUCUCGCGGUGUCGUUUGCAUAUGACCAUUAUCAGAACGGCUCUCUCGGCAGUCGCCGUACACCGGAAGAGUGCUACCAUUGGUAUAAAAGCACGGUCCUCUUCAAUAGAAGACUGAAACUGCCCAUCGAGUCGAAAGAUAAGGACCCUCUCUGGGGUACUGCUGCUGCUCUAGCCAUAUUGUCGUUCGCAUUCCCUGACGCAUCUACGGUGGAAGAGUCAUGGCCCUUGAAGCCCUUGGAUCCCUCCUCCGACCUAGAAUGGGUACGGAUGGGUAAGGGAAAGAUGUCGCUGUGGCAUAUCGUCAACCCGAUGCGGCCGGACAGCGUCUUCCGUGUCAUGGCACCGAGUUUUGCUCAAAUGCACUUGGCCUCGCCAAAGAAGGGUAUUAGUGGCAUACCGAAAGCUUUGGCUGAAAUCUGCCAGCUGGGAGAGGACUCUACGGCAGAGAACAACGCCUAUUUUAGUGCCGCACAUGCGGUAGCUCAUGUCCAGUCUGUCCCAAACGGUCAGAUCACCACCGGCCACACCCAAAUCCUUACGCGCUGUAUACAUGGCCGCUUCAAGGGCCUUUUGUAUGAGAGAGACCCUGUGGCUCUGAUUUUGAUGUAUCUAUGGUAUGGCAAGGCCCAGAAUGUGUGGUGGAUCGAGCUCAGAGCCCGACUAGAACGCCCUGCCAUCUGCUCGUACUUACGGAUAUACCACAAGCACAGCGCGGUUCAUAUGUUUCUUCCGGGAGGGACUCUCGCUGAAUGCUGGAGUUGA